AUAAUUCAAUUCCACUCCUAUCAAAAUGGCGUCUUAUGGUAAGGAUAAAGCUUUAUUAAUUAUUAUUAUAUUGUUCAUAGUAUCAGUCUCUAUUUGUGGGAAAGUAAAGAUAGGCCGAACACUGGGCAUCGAACAUUACAAUUGCUAUGGAAACGUUUUGGGGCGUGUCUCACUGAUUCCGCCAGCUAACAAUACGAAAUUAUUAAAAAUAAUUCAAAAGGCUUUAAGGACGGAUCAAGCGAUUAAUAUUACAAUAAUAAAUGAAAUGGUGAAUUAUUAUUCAACUGAUGGUCAUACGAUUAAACGAAUACUCUAUCAAGAUAAGACACUGUGUUAUGACCCACCCAUUGAAAUAGGACGACUGCUCACCCUUCGAUAUGCUACCAUGGCAACAAGCCCCGCCUCUAGUCUAUUAUCUGGAAUCGUGACAAUAGACGUUGAUAGUCAUAAAAACUAUUAUCUUCAUAGCCACACCCAAGACAAUCACGAAUCAAUGUCCGUAUAUGAAAGAUGGAAUUUUAAAAGGAAUUAUUCUAAAGUUUCAGAGUGUGAGAUGUGUUGUACUAUCGUAAAUCAAUCUGAUUGGCUGCCUGUUACUAUAGCAACGUUUAACAUAUGGAAUGUAAACAGUACGAGUGAAGAGGAUUCUAAAAAGAGAUUGCACAGACUUUGUAAAGUUAUAUCAUCAAUUGACAUUAUUGGGUUCCAGGAGGUCAGAAAUAUAAUGAAAAAAUCAAAGACAAUAUCACAAAUACACCAACUACACAAAUCACUGCCUAAACAUCAAUUUGUAUAUCAGCCUGCAAUGUUAAUGGGUCUUAACCCAAGGGAAGAAGAGGGUGUGGCCAUCUUUUCACGCUAUCCUAUAGUAUCAACCAAUACUAUCCUAUUGCCAUGGAACAGAACUGAUCCUAGUGAUUUCCAUCAAAGGGUUUGUCUACAUUGCACCAUUGCAUUGCCUAAUGACAAGAAGCUGGAAGUUUUCAAUACUCAUUUGUCUCUUAGUGAAGAUGCACAGAUGAAUUCAGUAAAAACUAUUAUUAAAUAUGUACAAGACUCUGAUCUUAAAGGGGAUAUAAUAAUAAUGGGAGAUUUUAAUAAUGAAGACAGCUCUACAGUUAUCAAGUACUUGGAUGAGAAACUAAGCAAAUUAGGAUUUGUUGAUGUAUGGUUGAAUAAUAAUAAUAAUAAUAAUAAUAAUAAUAAUGAAGGUAAUACAUUCUGUACCUUAAAUGAAGAGCUGACAAAGAGAAUUGAUUACAUAUAUGUACAGUUAAAGUCUCAUCUAUAUAUUAAUGAUACAUAUUUAAUUGGAUCAAAACCAGGGUCUCCUCCACUCUCUGAUCAUCUUGGAUUGGCUGUUCAGAUCAAUGUUAACUAA